UUGUAGGAAAGUCACCCUUCCGAACAAAGGAAAGUUAUUCAAAAAAACUGAAGAAAAGUUGAAAGCUGGAGUGUAAUACGCACCCCGUCCAAUUUAGAAAAUACUAGGGUUUUGCGAACCCUAGCCUACUGCUCCUAUAAAAGCCGCCCAACUUCGCCGCCGCUGAGGGGAGGGAGAGAGAGAGAGGCUUCUGAUUCUGCAUCCGUUGCGAUUAUUAGGGUUUGAAGUCUUUCUUUGAUUCAGAGAGAAGAGAGAGAGAAAAGUAAAGAUGGGUCACUCGAACGUGUGGAAUUCGCAUCCAAAGAGCUACGGUCCUGGCUCUCGCACCUGCCGUGUGUGCGGGAACCCUCAUGGGUUGAUCCGAAAGUAUGGGCUUAUGUGCUGCAGACAGUGCUUUCGCAGCAAUGCCAAGGAAAUUGGCUUUAUUAAGUACCGUUAAAAGCAUUGUGCUGGUUGUUCUACAAGAGAAGAUGAUUUUGCAGAAGUAUAAUGUGGUGUUUUCUUUGAUUAGAGUAACUUUAUGAUUGUUCUAUCGUUUGGAUACAAACCAUUAUUAUUGUAACGACGUUAUUGUCUUAAUUUAAUGUUGAACUUAAUUGAUUGGUGAACCAAGAAUUUUCCGGUAUCACUUGUUUUGGA